AUGACACCUAUUAAUCCCGCUUCCAUGGCUGCUGAUCUCGCUGAUCUCGUUACUGUCCUUAUCACGACGAGUCCUACGCCGUCGAAUCCUUCGACAGAUCUCGUUGGUGCCGUCGUUGAUAGUUUCCGCAAAUAUUGCCCUGAACUGUUAAGAUGUCCACAUGUCGUCGUGUUCGACAACUUCACGGUUGAUGAAAACAUCAAAGGCAAGAACAGGAUGAAGAAAGGAAAGGUGAAGGAGGAGAUGGGGCUGCAUUAUGCGGAAUACAAGGAGAACGUGAAGAACUUGCUUUGUGAAGAAGGAUUGAGGAGGGAGGAGGGGGAGAAGGAGAGCUGGCCUUAUGAUGCAUGGUCUCGGACGACUCGGAUAGCUCUCACAAAGACGUAUCGCGAAGGUGUAGUGGCCCCGGCGUUUACGUUUCUGGAAAUGGGAACGCAGCUUGGGUUUGGACUUGCUGUACGUGAGGGGUUACGGGAAGUAAAGACGCCGUACGUAAUUGUUGUUCAGCACGAUUGGGUGUUUUGCGCGGACAUACCAUUACGAGCUAUCCUGAACACGAUGGUACGUUCAGAAGAGAAAGGGAAAAAGUUCAGGGUCCGGUACGUGGGAAUGAACGGUGGUCGGUCACUGCAAUAUGCUAUUCGGCGAGCUCAGGUUCAUCCCGUGCUUUGGCAGACUACAAGGGCAAUGGCGGAGAAAAGAGAGGUGGAAAAGGGUGACGUGGAGCUGACGCCGCUAUUUCAUUGGUUUGAUAAGCCCCAUAUUUGUUCUGUGCAACAUUACCUCUCGACGGUGUUCACUCGCUCUGGACACAUCGCUCGCGGGGACUUCAUUGAAGACAAAUUCGGGCAUAGGAUGAUGGACGAGUGUAAGGAGAAAGGCGAGGAGGCCAUGGAGAAGUAUUGUGCGUGGAUGUGGUAUCCGGACCAAGGCAGAACAGCUGUCCUUUGGCAUUUAAGAGGGCGGAAGCGGGGUGGAGAUGAAGAAAGAGUUAAAGAGUUGAGGGAUAACGCUGUGCCAAAGGUGAAGAACGAUUGCGAUGUGCUGGAGGAGCACGCCUUGAGUUUUGGGGACGAGAGUACAAUGUCAGAUGAACAGGUCAUUUCAUGUAGUGCAUGA